GCUGCUAACCGCUACACAUCACACAUAAAAAAAAUUUGGGUUUUCUUGGAAUUUUCUAUUCUCUCCUAAAACAAUAAAUCUCACAUGUCAAGUUCUGCAAUUUCUGAUGACGAAGGUGAACUUUAUAAUGGAUUUGGAAGUUCACCUAUUUCCAGAAACCAAAUGAGAACUACUAAACGGUGGUCGUUCCACAACAACACGAGACCUUUAAUGGACUUACCGGUGGAUGCCAACACUGGUGGCAAGCCUAGACGAUUAAGUGAUAUCACUGGUGAGGAUGGUGUGCAUAAAACACUCAACCCUUAUUCUGAAUGGGGUGGUGCUCAGUUAUACUCUACCGAAUCUGGGAGGUUGUUCCAUGCUGGGAAGAUUAUUAUCGCUUUGGCGGGCUUACCGGGUAGAGGUAAGACCCAUUUGUCAGUUUCAUUGACAAGAUAUUUAAGAUGGUUGGGUGUAAAGACUCAUUCAUUUCAUCUAGGUGAUUAUAGAAGAGCCACUGCUGAAGAUAAUAACUUAACUCAUGAUUUGUUUGUGCCUACUCCAAGUAGUAAACAGGCACAUGCAGUUAGAGAAAAAGCUGUGAAUGAAUGUCUUAAUGAUAUUUUGAAUUUCUUCAAAGCAGACAAGGGACAAGUUGCCAUAUAUGAUGCAGUUAAUGCCAUUCCUGAAUUUAGAUUGGAAUUACACAAGAAAUUUACUGAGUUAAAUAUCCAGGUCUUAUUUAUUGAGAGUUUAGUAACUGAUGACAAAAUUAUUCAAAAGAAUAUCGAGGAAGCUGCAAGACUAUCUCCAGAUUAUACCAAUUGGGAUUAUGAAAAGGCUAAGAAGGAUUAUAGUGAAAGAAUUAAUGCAUUGGCACCAUAUUAUCAACCCAUGGGCACAGAAGAAAGUCAAUUAUCAUAUAUUAAAUUUGUUAACUUUGGGGAGCGAAUUGAAUUACACAAUUCCAGUUAUGGAUAUUUGAUUAAUAAGGUUGUGUUUUAUCUUAUGAAUUCUCGAAUUAAACUGGGUUCGGUUUUCUUUGCCAGAUGUUACAAGAAUACUAUGGAUUAUGCACUGGAUCCACCAUUGGAUGCCGAAGGUAUUCAGUAUGCCAAGAAUUUAACAUUGACAUUGGUUGAACAUUUGAAAUAUUGUGGUAAGGAUUACAUCGGUGAAGGAAGUAUAUUAAGACCAGCCGAAUUAAAGCGAGAACUCUCUGUCGAUGAAAGACAACCGCCAACUGGAGUUGAUGGAGUUGAUAAAGAUUCAUUGGUCAUAUGGACAUCAGUUAAGAAGAGAACUAUUGCAACUACGCAAUUCUUUACUAAGCGUAACAUUAAAGUAAGACAUAGAAUUCAAUUAUCUCAGAAAAAUCCUGGUAUUGUUGGAUCUAUGUCUGAAUCAGAAAUUGAGGAGAAAUACCCCGAGUUUUAUCAACAAUAUGAACAAGAUCCUUAUCAUUAUAGAUUCCCUCGAGCAGAAUCAUACCAUGAUUUAGCCAUCAAGAUUGAACCCUUGAUUUUAGAGAUGGAAAGAAUGAGUGGAGACAUUUUGAUUAUUGCUGAUGAAACAAUUUUGCAAGUUUUCUAUGGUUAUUUAAUGUCAUGUUCCUGUUAUGAAAUCCCAUCCUUGAAUUUCAAAGAAGAUGAAAUUAUUGAAAUCAAGUUUAAUGCAUAUUCCAAUUCUGCUGAGCGGAUAAAGAUUAAGGAUUUUGCAAACACAUUGAAUGUUAAAUAGUUUUUUUUUGUAUAACUGUGUGUAUUUAGAACGUUACAAUUUUGUUUAAUUUUGCUC